AUGUCAUGCUUUUCUGUUCUACAUCUUAAUUACCUUUCUGUCUGGCUUAUCUUACCAUCAUCUUUACAUUGAACUAGUUCCUUCUUUAGCUAUGAGUGACAGUGGGUGACAGCAAGUGACAGUGGGUGACACAGCUGUGAUCCCGUCUGCUGUGACUCUGAGCAGCACACUGAUAAGAGGGAUCAGGUCCCGCGGGAGCUUGCAAUCUAACACCAGCUCUAAGGAUGUGAAAUAUUGAUCAGUGGCAGUCUGCAUCAUGUCGUGCAGCUCGGGGGAGUGCAGGGGGCUCCCCCUCUACAGCUUCUACUCAGCCCCCCCUGCACUGGACCCCAUGCACUACUCAUCUGUGGCCCUCAGUACAGACCCCCCCCUCAACAAUGGCUCCGGGACCCCCUGCUCUGCUGGGGACCCCACUCUACAGGUAGGCAGCCAGGCAGGGGGUACAAGGGAAGUGCACGCAGACAACUCACCCAAGUGCUUCUAUCGCCACUACCUGACCCGCACCAGUAUGCAGGGCGAUAUCUACAACUUCCUGGAAAGACCCAGUGGCUGGCGAUGCUUCCUAUACCACUUCAGUGUGUUCCUCCUUGUUCUCAUCUGUUUGAUAUUCAGCGUCCUAUCCACCAUUGAACAUUACUCAGAAUUUGCCACUGGAACUCUAUUCUGGAUGGAGAUUGUGCUGGUCGUGUUUUUUGGUGCUGAAUAUCUUGUGCGACUCUGGUCAGCUGGCUGUCGCAGCAAAUACGUUGGAUUUAAGGGUCGGAUCCGCUUUGCCCGGAAACCCAUCUCAAUUAUUGAUCUCAUUGUGGUCAUCGCCUCUAUCAUCGUACUUAGUGUAGGAUCCAAUGGACAAGUCUUCGCCACAUCUGCAAUUAGGGGUAUUCGAUUCCUACAGAUCCUGCGCAUGCUACAUGUAGACAGACAAGGUGGUACGUGGAGACUGUUGGGGUCAGUGGUAUUUAUUCAUCGCCAGGAGCUGAUCACUACGCUGUAUAUUGGAUUCCUGGGCUUAAUCUUCUCCUCGUACUUUGUGUAUCUUGCUGAAAAAGAUGCAGUAGAUGAAGAAGGAAGGACUGGGUUCUCCAGCUACGCUGAUGCUCUCUGGUGGGGAGUGGUCACAGUGACGACUAUUGGAUAUGGAGAUAAAGUUCCACAGACUUGGAUCGGCAAAACUAUUGCAUCCUGCUUCUCUGUUUUUGCCAUUUCUUUCUUCGCUCUUCCAGCAGGGAUCUUAGGAUCUGGUUUUGCACUCAAGGUCCAGCAGAAGCAACGUCAGAAGCAUUUUAACAGGCAGAUUCCUGCUGCAGCAUCCCUUAUCCAGACUCUCUGGAGGUGCUAUGCAGCGGAGAAAUCCUACAGCUCCACAGCCACUUGGAAAAUCUACUUGACUCCACCGGAGCAGAGCAGUAGAAUCACCCCAGCUCCAGUCAGUCCAAGCUUACGCAGACAGAACAGAAGAUAUAAGAAGAAGAGCAAAUCUGUACAUGAAGCAUGUGUUCUGCCUACAAGUCCUACGUUGGCUCCACUGUGCCUCUCCCCAAUCCCUCGGGGGCCCAGGAGCUGCACCCCUGAUAAUGCCCUGUCUGUGCCUCAUAUUACUUAUCACCACACGGAGGGUGAAAAGCGAGACCUCAGCUUCCCAGGACCCGCAGGUCGCUCUCGAUCUUGGUCCUCUAUCUCUGUGUGCACAUCUGGUAGUCCCUCCAUCCAAGUAGGACGAGGCCGGCCAGAGGAGUCUCUUCCCGAUAUCUCACGGACAAACAGCUACACUGAUGACAUUGACGCAGCAAGUGAGGAGAGUCCACUGCCUGCCGUAACAGAUGUGUCACAGCUUACAGACGCUCACAGGAUAGCGGUGAAGGUGACGCGCAGAAUGCAGUAUUUUGUGGCACGCAGAAAAUUCCAGCAAGCUCGCAAACCAUAUGACGUGAGGGAUGUGAUCGAGCAGUACUCCCAGGGACAUCUUAACAUGAUGGUGCGGAUCAAGGAGCUGCAGAGGAGACUGGAUCAUUCACUGGGAAAACCUGGGCUUUUCCUACCAGAGAAAGGACUGGAUAAGGGAUUUUAUACUGUUGGUGCAAGGCUUAUGCGUCUAGAGGACAAGGUGACUCAGAUGGACCACAAAUUGGAUGAAAUUUUACGUGUCUUCCGAGCUCAAUUGGUGCCAGAAGAGGAUCAGCUGCUUCCCAAAGAGCAGGCGUCCCCAGCCCUUCAUCGGCUGCACCCCUCUCACAGUUCCCCCACUCCCAGCCGCAGGUUCUGAGAACUAACCCUCAACUCUAACCAUCUCCUUUGGGAGACCGAGAGACUGAAUCUGACGGUGUCUGAAAUUUCAGCAGGAGCUGGCUCCUUUUGGGAUGAGAUGUUUACUCUCACAGCCUCAUGAGGCACAAAGCUCCAUGUCAGCUACUCUCACUCACAGUUCGUACACGCUCCCUCUUUCAGUGCUUCCUGAGAGACUUCACUUUUACCCAUGGCCCACAAAUGCUGCCUUCACAUUUGUAAGGAACUGUACUGGUGAAUGUCUGGUACAUCUAUGUUAAUGUUGGUUCCAACAAUCAAGUCAUAAAGUCCCAUUGUAGAGUGCUACGGAAAUUUGCUGGCGCUAUAUAAAUAAUAAAAUAAUCUAUACAUCAUCUAAUAAUAAGUUCUGCUUUUGAGAUAUAUAGUGGGUGCAGAACACAUAAUCCAGGAUAUUGAGUUCAGCUGAGAUAACCCAUUGACAUACACUGGCACAGGUAACCAGGUGCAGGUAGUUUUGUUCAUACUUUGGCAUUCAAUUUGCCUAAAUGGUAACAUCUCCAAUUCCUGUACAUACAAAUUCUACUGACCCUUAUUCAUUAAAAGUUAUGUAAGUCACUACUAUUUAGGUAGUGUACAACCCAUACAUUUAUAUAGUAAACCAAAAUAUGUCUAGGUCUCAGAUAAUACCUACUAAAAUGUAUAUGAUAAAAUAUUGACCUUAUAAUGAGCUAAGUUGAAGUCACCAAUUAAGAUGCUAAAAACCCACACCACCCCUUUUAUAGUGUCAGUAAUGCUGUCACGGAGGUGCAAUUGUUACAAAGAAUAGUUCCCCAUUAAUCCAAAAUGACAUUGGGUAAAUAGUUAUGGUAAUUUCAUGACACAACACACACGUACCUAAUCAAUGCAUUUCUAUUUAUCAGGAUUGUGGACAUGCUCGCCUUAUUUCCACCUCAUGUGACUGCCACCCCACUACUUACAACAUCAGACAUACUCCCCAUCACCAACAUAUAAGGCACAAGAAUAAAAAGUAGUGUUUCAGAGCCUGCAUAUGAUAAUGAAUAACUAAGAUUAAAUGAGGUUUAUGUCACCUUGAAUAUUGUCAAUAUUAAUUAAACCACUGUGGAGACCAAAGUUUUAUGCAAACAAGUCUGAAAGUGAAUAAUUAAAGGCUAUAUAGAAGACCAUA